AGCCGACGUGCGCACGCGCCUCCACAGACGUUGACGCGCCAUCUUUAGAAACCCUGAGCGCAACGCUGAAUGAAACUUCAUUUUCGUCGCCUGUGAGGAGCCGCUCGCUGUAUGGACCGAUUCCUUUCCGCCCCAGGUUUUUGAUCAGUUCAGGUUAUAAUGGGGAUCAAGGCUCCGCGCACACGGUGCUUCUUCGAUGUUGGCAUCAGUAAUGUGCUCGUUGGCAGAGUUGUGGUGGAGUUGUUUUCAGACAUCUGUCCCAAAACAUGUGAGAACUUCAGAUGCCUCUGCACAGGUGAGAAAGGCGUUGGUAAAGGAACUCAGAAACCUCUGCACUACAAAGGAUGUCUGUUCCACCGUGUUGUAAAAGACUUCAUGAUUCAAGGGGGAGACUUCAGUGAAGGCAAUGGAAAAGGAGGUGAAUCCAUCUAUGGAGGCUUUUUUGAAGAUGAAAGCUUCGCUGUUAAACACAACAAGGAUUACCUCCUGUCUAUGGCCAAUAGAGGCAAAGAUACAAAUGGAUCCCAGUUUUUCAUAACAACAAAACCUUCACCGCAUCUGGACGGAGUCCAUGUGGUUUUUGGUCAUGUGAUCUCUGGCCAAGAGGUGGUUCAAACCAUGGAGAACCAGAAAACAGAUCCUAACAGCAGACCAUAUUCAGACGUGAAAGUUUUGAACUGCGGAGAGCUGGUCCCUAAAUCUAAAGCCAAGAAGGAUGAAAAAAAGAGAGCGAGAGUCUCCAGUUCUAGCAGUAGCUCCAGCGACUCUGAAAGCUCCUCAGAUUCCUCCUCUGACUCUGAAGAGUCCGAGAAAGAAUCCAAGAAGCGGAAAAAAAAGGCAAAGAAGCUAAAAAAGAAACAGAAGAAGAAGGACAAGAAAAGGUCAGAAGCUGAAAGUGCUGAAGAGAAGGAACAAGAGGAGACGGUAACAUCUACUGUACGUCCUGAAGAAAUCCCGCCCAUCCCAGAGAACCGAUUCCUCAUGAGAAGAAGUCCACAGGCCGCCCAAAAGUCGAAUGAGGUGGCUGAAAAGGAUCAGAGACAUAAAGACGAAAGGCAGAGAGAGAGUUCUAGCACAACAUAUAAUUCUCAGUCAGCAUACAACAGAAGACUGGUGAUGACAAGAUCUGGCAGGAAAAUUAAAGGCAGAGGUCCUAGGAGGUACCGCACACCGUCCCACUCUCGUUCAAGGUCCAGAGACCGUUUUCGGAGAAGUGAAACUCCUCCACACUGGCGUCAAGAGCUGCAGCGUCAGAGGAUGAGAGCAGUCACUGGAGAGCGCUGGAUUAAGGGUGACAGAGGUGAUAUGAAUGAAGCCAAGGAUGAAGCUGCUAAAGCACCAAGAAGAGAGCGACGAGCCUCCAGCACGAAGCAUGAAAAAACCACUGAGGGUAAAAAAGACAAGAAAAGUCGGUCACAUAGAUCCAAAAGCAAAGAGGAAGAAACAGCUGAGGAUGAGAAGCAUAGCAAACACAAGGCAAAGAAACAAGAUAAAUCUCCAAGUCGUAGUAAAAGCAGAGAGAAGAGUAGAAGGUCAAAAAGCAGAGAUAAGGGUCACAAGCACAAAAGUGAUGACAGGAGAGGUCGCUCAAGGAGCAAAAACCGAAACAGUGAUAAGAAAGAAAAAGAAUCCGAAUCUGAUCGUAGUAAAGAUAAAAACAAGAGCCACGAGUCUGACAAAAAACAUAAAGAGGACCCAAAAGGAAGAAAUGGUGAGGGAACUAGAGAAAAGUCAAAAAGCAAGGAAAGAACAACCUCAAAAGAUGGACAUAGAUCGAGUAGCAAAAACAGGGAUAGACAUGGAUCUUCACCCUCAAAAGACAAAGAAGAAAAACGAGAGAAAGACGGAGAGAGGGGCAGGGAACAUAGCAGGAGUAAGGAAAGACAACGCACCAAUGAAAGAGAGAACAAGAGGAGAGGAACAUCCAGGGAUAGGGAACAUCGUACAAGAAGUCCAGACAGGAAUAAGACUAAAGACUCUCACAGAAGCAGGCGCUCCAGAAGUAAGAGUAAUAAGAGUGAUCACAGCAAGGACCAAUCAUCUCAUAGAAAAGACAAAGCAGCUGCCAGUCACCGGAGAAGACGUAGCAGCAGCUCCGAGAGUGACAGAAAUGAGAAAAGUCGAAAGAGACCAGAGUCCAAAACAAGACCAAAAAGUAAAUCUAAAUCUAAAGACAGAAGAAGUCCAGAUAGAUCCAGACCAAGACCUGAUAGUACAAAAGGCAAAGACAGAAAGGACAGCAAGAGGAACAAAUCGAGUUCAAGCUCCAGCUCUGACAGCGACUGACCCGUGACAGUAGCCUGAAGGAACAGAUUUCUGGUUUGUCUCCAUUUUAUAGACACAUGCAGCUUUUUAACUACAGUGGAACAUAUUCGCAUUCCUCAUUCAUUGCAAAAAAAUGUUCAGGAGAACUUAAAAACAGUGUGGAAAAUUAUUUUCAAAACACUUUUGAAAGUAGGACAGGCCCUAAGGGGAAAUUCUGUAGUUUUUUUUUUACAAGGUUCCUGUUUAUAUAUGUGGUAGUGUAAAUGAAUGGUACUCACAAAAACCUUUCUAACCGGUCCGGUGGGUUGUCCCUAAGCUUAAAUUGUAAGUAGGGAGUCGGUAACAAGUGGGGACGGCCUUCAAGUCAAAUGCUGAAUCGACAUAGUCCACAUCAGGAAAGGAUUCAGUCAUUAUAGUUUCAGUAAAAUAUAAACUCCUCUCUCCAACGCUCACUCACAGUUCUACUUCCGUCUUGCUGCAGCAACCCAAGUCUCAUGAGACUUCUUGUUUAGCACAUGUGUAAUCUUGUCACACUCUUUGCAAAGAAGUGGAGGGGAUCUAUUGGACCGAUUCCAAAAAUGUUUGUAACCUUUCAUUUAUAAACAUACGGUCCAGAUUCAAAAAUACCGGAAUUCCCCAUUUUAAGCGGUAAACAAGAGAGCAGAAGAGUCAAACAAUAAACAGAACGGUAAACAUUUAACUACUUAAAAUUACAAACUGAGGCAUUACAUGAAAUUUGGCUGAACUGUUUGGCUCUGAAUGGGGAUUGUGAAUUCAUUAUAUAUCACUUUUGAUGGUUAGCUGAAGCUGCACGGCCAUUUAAAAGAGAAGGACUUGAGACUGAAAAAGAAACUAGAAUUAGUACCAGAUUUUAUUUUAAUUGUACAUGAUCAGAGGAAUUUGGGUUGAAGCUGUUUCAUUUUUUUUUUUACUGUUUUAUGUUUUUUGGGGUCAAUUUUGGAUUACUUGGUUAAUUAUGUUUUGGCAUAUCAAAAGCUCUGAUUUCAGGCUGUAAAAAAUUUGAUCAUUUGAGAUUUUACUACACAGAUCCUCAAACUCUUUUCCCCUGAUGACAUUUUGUACUAAAAUUUGUUUUAAUAUUAUUUAAAGCAGUUGGUUUUGGGGAUGACUACCCUCUUCCAAAUUUGGGAAAUGCCUGCCGUUCAAGUUAUUUUCACUACACAGUUAGUCAGGAAGAGCCCACUCAAAACUACUUGCAUGUGUGCUUAGACCUGACAUCAAUAGGUAAAAUAUAUUCAUCUCUUUUUUGUUGUACAUCCACAACUGUUAACUGAUUUUGUGAUAUCUCUGGAUUGUCUUUUGUUUUCUUUCUUUUUUUGCGUUUCUGUUUUGAAAGAAGAAAUGUGAUUAUGAUGCUGUAAGUACAAUAUAAAAUCAGUUUGUAUAAUUGUGUUUUGUGCAAGUUGGUUUCAAGUACUCAACUACGGUGUAGAAUGAUUAAAAUGCUCAAUUUGGAUUUUAA